ACAACAACUACUACUACUACUACCCGUCUUGCGGCGCACUCCUCGCCAUCCCCGCGACAGACACUCCGCCUCACUACUCCCAAACCUCCUCUGACAUCAUCCAUCGCGACCAUGGCCUCCGCGACAACAUUCUACGACUUCGAGCCCGUCGACAAAAAGGGCAACGCCUUCCCCCUCACCUCCCUCUCCGGCAAAGUCGUGCUGGUCGUCAACACCGCUUCCAAAUGCGGCUUCACGCCCCAAUUCCAAGGCCUGGAGAAACUCUACCAGGACCUGAAGACUCAAUACCCCGAAGACUUCACCAUCAUCGGAUUCCCCUGCAACCAGUUCGGCAGCCAGGACCCGGGCUCGAACGACGAGAUCCAGUCCUUUUGCCAGAUCAACUACGGAGUGACGUUCCCGGUUCUGGGCAAGUUGGACGUGAAUGGCGAUAAGGCGGCCCCGGUGUGGACGUGGAUGAAGGAGCAGCAGCCCGGCCUGCUGGGACUCAAGCGCAUCAAGUGGAACUUCGAGAAGUUCUUGAUCUCGGCGGACGGGAAGGUCGUGGGUCGGUGGGCUAGUCUGACGAAGCCGGAGUCGUUGCAGGAGCCGAUCGUGAAGGAGAUCGAGAAGGCCAAGAAGGCGGGUACGUUGGCUUCGGCGAAGAAGGGGGCUGAGGGGGAGCAGGGGCAGGAGCAGGGGCAGGAGCAGGAGCAGGCUAAGUUGGCUUGAGGGGUGGGGGAGGAUUGAUAAUACUGCGAGGGGAUAGGAGAAGCACGCGGGAUGGGGAAUCGUGUUUGUGGUGGUGGUGAUGAUGAUACCAUGUUUCAUGUUUCCUGUAUGGAACAGUUGUUUGUUCUGCUCGAUUCAACACGCCCUUCGAAGGCCAUUAUUAUGGAUUGUGUCAUGUCAUAUCAACUCAUGUCUUAAUUUAACUACUGUUGACGGUUCCGUCGUGAACUAUGCUCCC